AUGACAAAAGACUCCAGCGUACGACUUAGCUUCCACUGUUGUGUCUUCAUGAUAUACUCCAUGUCUUUCUUGUAUGACUUCAUAGCCAUGGACUCGUGGGAUUACAGCUACAUGGGGAGGUUGAAAUUUGCCACAUUCUGGAACGGGUUACUUCACGUGCUGUAUUCUGCUGUUUGUGUUGUUGUGGACAUCCAAGACAGAAUGGUAGCUGCGUGCCCAUCGCAGGGGUCAGUAAGGCGAUUACAGUGUGCUCGCGACACUUUCCAUACUGCAAUCAUCUUUCCCUUUGGAACAUUUUGUGUUCUCUCAUUUUGGGGACUUUAUUUCAAAGACAGAGAACUUGUUUAUCCCCAGAGACUAGACUCUGACCUCACAUGCUCUAUUAUCUUCAUCAUAAAACACAGUCUUACCUUUAUAUUUACACUGUGCGACAAAAUCUUAGUUCAUCAUCGUUAUCCGCCAUUUCUGACCGGCAUAUGCGUCUCCGAGUGUUUUCCUUUGUUCUACUGUAUCUGGGUGUAUCCCUUCAUGAGAUACCUGGACAUUCCAGCAAGGUUUAUGGUCAUUUUAUUUGGCUUCGUACCCAUUGCAAUUUUUCAUGUCAUUGGGAAAUAUAUUACCUCUUUUAUCUGGC